AAAGGUUGCCUAAAUGCGGCGGUUAUCCAAGUGUCUACUAUCUGUUCUCGGAACUACCUAAUCUGCCCUCCAAAAGACAUUUUCGACAUCACUGCAGGCUAUCCUCUUGUAGUGUCUUCCUGAUCGACAAUCCUUUGUAUUUGCAAUGGCAUCAUCAGAGACGCCGUCGCAAUCUGACCAUGACGCACGCUUCAGGCAUGAAGUCCGAGAGGCAUUCGAUGUCGACGUUAUAGAAGCCUCUAGUGAAGAGGAUAAGUUAGGCUUGUUGAUCUCCAUCCAAAGCUUCAGCUUUCACUUCAUUAAAGAUGCCUCGCGUCGACCGCCAGCUGAUUCCGAGGCUGUGCAGCAAGGGCUUGAUGUCCUUUGGCAUAUGUUCCGUGAGGCAGCCAAGGCGCUCGAAAAGGACGACGCCAUUCAAGACAAGCUCAUUUCGUUGCUGCUAUGGACGAAAGAGUUCGAUUCGCUUCACCGGAGCCUCCAUUCCACGAAGACUGUCACAACCUCCUGGGAGAAAUAUGGCUUUGCCGACAGCUUGCAAGCACUAUGGAAUCAGCUGCUGACGGCUGGCACUGCCUCGAAACAGUGCAACCUUGCUGAGUUUUCAGCUAAGGUCCUGACGGUCGGCAUCUACCGAGAUGAAAUCGCCGUGACAGCACUAUGGUAUCUGCGCGAAGCCCUCGAGACGGACGACGAAGCAAAGGCUUUCGCUCUACUCCCCGCGGCUGUUGUCUGGAUCGAGAAUUGCCGCCACACGCUUCUCGCCUUCUCGGCCACCGACCAGUCCUACGGGACACAUUCCAAACCUCACUUGCUGGCGCCUGGAGCACUAGCGCGACGAGCCGGCGUCGAAGAGCAGGGCUUCAGCAUGAACCGAUGGCUGUUCUGGAGACGGCGCCUUCAGGAUCUCAGCCACAACGCGGAUUCGGCAAUCGCUAAGGAGGCUAAAAAGGGUUUCAUGGCCAUGAUCUUCUGCGGUCGCGACUUGGACUACGAAGUGCCAGGCGAGAUGAAGUUCACAGAGAAGCUCCAGGCAGCGAUGGGAGAGGAACUCGUCAGAAGCGGAAAGGAGAGUGUGGAUGGUGAAGAUAUCGAUAUCAAUGUGGACUGGGUGGAUUGAGUGCUCAGGCUCUAAGAGAAAAGCUAGAAGAGGGUGAUCAGCCUUGGUGGGCGCAGCGCUUCAUAUUAAACCCGAAGGCACAUUUCUACUCUUGUCACAAGGCUACUACACCAUUCCCAUUCUCUAUAGCAAAUUCGGCAUUAGUCAAGAAUAGAACGGGUUGACAUGAUCUCGGCUCUGGCUAUAUCUUUUCUUAUGUCUUCGACGCUCAAGAACACUCUUACAUGAAAUAGCUUCACAUGAUAUCGACGUUGGGGUUGGGUCGAGCACGAAUUCUCGUUAUCACCCCGUUUGCAUCUCUACAAAGAAUGGCCUCCCUAGUCACUAGGUGUUUCGA